UUUAAAACCCUAAUUUCUGCCCCCAGGGUUUUUCAUCAAAUUCGGCAUUUUUCCGAUCCUUCGUCUUCUAUUCACGGUGAGGAGCAGCCGCGUCAGUACGUGCAGCCGCGACGCCCCAAAACACUUCUCCUGUUUUGAAGAGCCCGAGCAUCGGAAGCUGAAAGCAGCGGGUAAAGGGAGCUGAUUACGUCGACUGAGUGUUAGUAUGUUGGACAUCAAUCUCUUUCGUGAAGAGAAAGGUGGCAACCCUGAGAAAAUUAGGGAGUCCCAGCGGCGUCGUUUUGCUAAUGUGGAUCUUGUGGAUGAGGUCAUCGAGCUCGACAAAAUUUGGCGGCAGCGGCAAUUCGAGUUGGAUGGGUUGAGGACAGAUAGGAACAGACUAAGCAAAGAGAUUGCCCGCCUCAAAAUUGUGAGUGCUAUUAUUGCUUUUGAUGUUCAGUUAGCGAAAGAAGAUGCAAGUACAAUGAUUGCCUCUACUGAGGAGAACAAAGAAUUGACUGCAAAGAAGGAGGCAGAGGUCCAGGAGGCCCUAGCAGCUGUUCAGACUAAAUUGGCUGUUAUUGGAAACUUGGUGCAUGAUUCGGUCCCUGUUGACAAUAAUGAGGAUAAUAAUGCCAUUAUUAGGUCAUGGGGAGAGAAGCGAUCUGAACCAAAGCUUAAGAAUCAUGUGGAGCUUGUUGAGCUUCUUGGAAUUGCAGAUUUAAAGAAAGGUGCAAAUGUAGCGGGAGGCAGAGGUUUCUAUCUCAAAGGAGAUGGAGUACGACUCAAUCAAGCUCUGAUCAACUUGGCUCUUGAUUUUUUGGAGAAGAGGAGCUUUACUGCUUUGCAGACCCCUUUUUUCAUGAGGAAAGAUAUUAUGGCGAAAUGUGCUCAGUUGGCUCAAUUCGAUGAGGAACUUUACAAGGUAAGUGGAGAUGGAGAUGAUAAAUAUCUGAUUGCCACUGCUGAACAGCCGCUUUGUGCAUAUCACCUGGACGAUUGGAUUCACCCUUCCCAGCUACCAUUGAGAUAUGCUGGAUACUCCUCGUGCUUUCGCAAAGAAGCCGGUUCACAUGUUGUCUCAAUUGUCUCGGGUGCACUGAACGAUGCUGCAGCAAAGAAGUAUGAUCUGGAAGGGUGGUUCCCGGCAUCAAAGACUUACAGAGAACUCGUUUCGUGCUCAAACUGCACUGACUAUCAGUCAAGGAGAUUAGAAGUCCGUUACGGGCAGAAAAAGAGUAACGACAAGGCCAAGGAAUACGUGCACAUGCUCAACUCAACACUGACAGCAACCGAGAGGACAAUCUGCUGUAUCCUGGAGAACAACCAGAAAGAGGAUGGAGUUGAAAUACCCGAGGCCCUAAGAGCCUUCAUGGGAGGCAAGGCCUUCAUCCCUUUCAAAACCAUCAACCCUGGAAAGGAAACAAAAGGGAAGAAGAAUUGAGGAUUUGAGCUUAUGGCUUGUGUUUAUUGUUGGUUAAGGUGCA